GGGAGCGGCAUUCUAACUUACAAAAAUUAUUUUAACCUGAUAUCGAUUUGACAUCAGACAUCACUCAUAUUCACCGUCAACAUACAACGAGUGAGAUGCACCGAAAGUAAUGACACAAUAUCAAAUCAAGAUUUUUAAAGCUUGAAUGCUUCUGGAGCCCACUGCCCACCAUUCGAAGAUUUCGAAGUCAGUCAGUCGGUUGGCCAGUGUGUAAAGUGAACGCGCGUGAAAUUAAAUUCAAGAUGAACUUGGACGCCAAAAGUCAUGUCAUAACACUGUUUCUGAUUUCCAACUCUUUUAAUGGGUUUGGCUUUGGCCUCUUCCUAUUCGCCUUCGGCGUUGGGAGCGGGGUCGUCGUGGGCAUGACCCAAGGGUUUACAAUAUGCAUAGCGAUCGGUGCCGCAAUUAUCGGUCUGACUGUAGUCGGCUACACUGGAGCUAUAACACAGCACAAGAAGAAACUGGACUCGUACGCGUCGGGGAUGGUAAUGCUGACGGCGGCCGAGAUAGUGCACUUGGUGGUGUUGAGCAACUCACCCUUUCUGCGUGCCGAUGACGUCGGUCUGAGAGCAUAUUUUAUAACCAUGGUCUUCAUUAUCUGCACAUCGAUUGUGUCAAUGAUGUUGGCGUGGACCAUGUCCUAUCGCAUCAGCCACGCCCGUGCGAUACCCGCAUUCACUGAGAAAAACGGUCAGCAAAAUUUGCAAGCAUAGACCAUCCCACAACGCAACGUCACCACGACCCACACUUAUUUUUUAUUGUAGGUAUUAUGGGUACUAGUAAAUUUGAGGUUUGUUUUGUAGAUUUUAAGUAUGUUUAUGUCUAAGGACCAGUAGUAACUUAGGUAAGUACGCCAUUUUCGUUUAAGAGGAAAGAGGACGGCCGAUUUUCCAUACAAACGUAGUCCCCAUUUUCCUCUCUGGAUAUUGACAUUUUGGAAAAUAUUUAUCCAUAAUUUGAUGUCUAUUAACCAUAGCCAGGGGGGCGAAACUGUUCCUUUUGGUCAUUCCUGGCUCUGGGGGCCUACCCCGAACAUCGAAGUUCGUCAAUUGCGGGCAUUUUUCUCUGUCACUCUAAUUACGUCUUAGUGAGAGUAAAAGAGAAAGAUCCCCGCAAUUGGCGAAUUUCGGUUUUCGCGCUAGGCCCCCUGUUCGGCUCAGCAUCGCUUCGAGAUUUUUUUUCGAUUUUUUAUUAUUAUUAAAAUUAGGAGUGAAAAACAGAUUUCACACAAUUUAUUAAAUGCGUCCAACUUCUAAAAUAAUUAAACAAUAAACAUACGAAAAAAACGUAGGGGCAUAGCUGUGGUUGAUAUACAACAGAUUGUGUCAAAAUAUUCUCAAUAAUGUUAAUAUCUAGGGAGGAAAAUGAGGACUACGUUUGUAUGAAAAGGCGAUUUCGCGCGGGUCCUUCAUUGUCGUCUUAAUUGAUUUGUGAUUUUUUUAAUAUAGGUACUUAAUUGAUAAGAUAACUGUAACUGCAUGCAUUGAGACUUUUUAAAUUCGUACAUACCUACGUAUUAAAAAUAUUCUUUAGUUAUGUCUUAAAUCAUUUAUUUUGUACUUCAUUUUAUUCAAAUUAAAGUUCAUUUAGAAACGUA